ACUCCUGAAAUUAUAGCGUGUGAAGGGGGGCAAGCGGACAUCUUGUUACACCCACCGGAGUUUUAGACAUGUGACAAGACUCCUGAAACGAAGCGGAAGUGACGUUGGGAAGUGAGGGGGAAAGAUGUCGCUGCUGUGUGCUGUGUCCGGGCGGCUCGUUUCUCCAUCACCGGCGACAUUGAUCCUGAUCAGAGAGGCGUCAAAGAAAGCCGGAUCCAGUACAAAGAACCUGGGAGGAAAGAGUCCUGGGAAGAGAUAUGGAGUCAAGACUCUAGAUGGUAACUUUGUCCAUUCUGGAAAUAUUCUUGCUACUCAGAGGCUCAUGCGAUGGCACCCAGGGUCUCAGGUGGGAAUUGGCCGCAAGAAUACUCUGUACGCCCUGGAGGAUGGCAUUGUACGUUACACCAAAGAAGUCUACAUACCAAGGCCUCGUAGCAGUGACACCACCAAUGUCAUCACUAAGCUGCCUAUGGGUGCCGUUCUGUACAAAACCUUCAUUAAUGUCAUUCCCAAGCCCAAAGAACAUAGCUUUAAAUUGGUGGAGAUGAUGUGAGUGGUAGUCAUAAUGUAAAUAACCCUUUAUUUAAUUAAACUGCUUUCUAAUUAAA